AUUUAAUAUUGCGUUACAAUUUAUUAAUAAUAAGAUAAAAAAAAUAUAUAAAAGUCAACUUUUGAAAAAUAGUUGUCAGUUUCAGUUUGGAGUAAUUCAUUUAAAAAUAUGCAGCGUCGAAUCAUGGCUGCAUUAAAUUUGCAAGUUAUUUAUGUUGUUACAUUGUGCAUUUGCAUUAAUGCUGAUAAUUUAUUAAACCAAGAACAAGAAUCGAGAGAUAAUGAAAUUGAAAGACUCAGAAAAGAGGGAAUGGAUGAGCCAGAAUUGUUCUAUGACUUAAUGCAUACAAAAAAUUUUCAUAGAAAUUGUUCUCAUUUAAAUGUUACAGAAAUAUGUAAUAAAAUGAAGGCUCUUUACAAACUGAACAUUACCAGCAAUCAUAAAAGUGAUUAUAAUUUUAUGGUUGAUUGUUCUGGGUUUUAUGGAUUAUAUAACGAUGUUUAUAAAUUGUUUUCUGAAUCUAAUUUUGAAGAUUAUUUUGCAUUUCGAAGAUACGUUUAUUAUAAGUCCGGUACUGAUGUAGAUGAAGAAAGAAGAAUGAAGAAUGCUGCUUACAGACAAGCAAUUAUACAAUCCAGCAAGGCAAAUAACAUUUGUGAUAAUAAAUUAUAUUUAAUAUUAAAAAAGCCCACAAUGUGGUAUGAAAGGAAAUUUAGUAUCGAUAAAACGGAAUAUGAAUUGGAUGAUUUUACUUUAGGAAUGCAAUACCUAGAAUCAGAAUAUAAUUACAGAUCACGUAGAAAAAGAGAGAGUACAUAUACCACAGCAUUCUUUGAAUUUGAUUUACCAAAUCCAUAUUUGUGUGUUAAUUUUCAUAAUCUUCGUCAAUAUUCCUACAGAGAAUCAUAUACAUAUAUGCUACCGGAAACUAAAUUUUUCAUUAAUGAUACGUAUUGGGAAGACAGUACUGUUAUAGGUUUAAGACUAAAAUUAAUGCAGAAUGAUGAAAAAAUGACUAUAUUUGAGCAACAGAAGAAAGUGAUGAGAAAAUUAAAAAAGUUGAAAGAAUCUGAUACCAAAUUUUAUAUAGAUUGUUAAAUUUUUUUUUUAUAUUCUGUUUAUUUUUUUCAAAUAUUUUAUUGUAAGUAUAACCCACUUAAUUAUUAUUAUUAUUAGUACUCGUGAAAAUUGAAUUUAUUUGUAGAUAAAAAAUAAAAUAUAUAUAUUUCAUUAAAAUUUGUUAAUCUAUAAAA